GCCAAACUCUGGCUAAUAAAAAGAGCAAGCAAGCCUUCAGAAGAGAAAGCCUGUAACUAUUUUGGAGAGAGACAAGACAAGAUUAUACGAGACCUGAGAAAUGAAGCCUAAAAUGAAGUGCACAACCUCCAAAAUUUCUCCAGCCAAACUGAAGAGCUCAGCUGAAAAAUCCCUGGUAAAAUCUUGCAAACUAAGAAAAUCCCAAAACCAAGCUGAAGAAAUUUGCCAUGUGUACUAUAUGAGACUGCGCUCUGGCCUUACCAUAAAAAAGAAGGCUUGUAACUUUAGGAAAAGAACUACCAAAAGGUGUUCACAAAAAACAGGUAGACAGCACAAAGAAACAGCUGCUUAUCAACAGCCGGGUGAGCAGUAUCCCAUCUUUGCAGCACCUAGGAACAAAGGACAUAGUUUAAUAAGUGCCCGGUGUGCAACUAGUGACAAUGUUCAUGCGAGAGAUGAAGAAGGAGGAACUUCACCUAUUGUAGAAUCCUGUGCUUCACUGAGCACAUACUAUGAUAAAUGUGUUAGGUUUGUUUUGGAGGAUGGAAGUUAUGUGAUCAAUGUUGAAGACUUGGGAAAAGAUGAAGAGAAAGACAAGGUGUUAUUGCGUUUCUAUGAGUCUUCAUACUCUUCAGGUGAAUCAGGUGAUGGUGUUGAUGGAAAGAUGUCAAUGGUAAACCUGAGUCCUACAAAAGACACAGAUUUCUGGCUGCAUGCCAACACCAAGAAACGCUCUGUGGAGCUUCAAAAAGGUAAAAGUCCAUUGCCAGACCAGGCCUUCUUUGUUCUUCAUAAGGACUCCUCUGAAUUUGUUUCAUUUGAAUGUAAGAGUAAUCGUGGGACAUAUAUAGGAGUAAAAAAUAAUCGUCUUGCUCUGAUAGAAGAAGAGAGUAUGACUAGUGAGAAUAUCAGGUUUAGGCUGUCUCCUCUAACCCUAAUGUGAUAGAAAGCUGUGAAUUCUGGGUUGUGAAAUCCCAAAUGCUAUAACUGAUAAAGGGAUAAAAGAUAAAGAGAUAAGCACUGUCUAAGGGGAAAUAUUUAGAAUGCUGUGCAACAUUUUCCAUUUCAUGUGUAAGAAUUGUGAGCAUUUUUUCUGAUACUUUUUAAAAUUUCCCUCUGUAUCACUACAUAUCCAGUAAAAAUGUAGGUCUAUUAGGUAGUUAUUAGUAAAUAAAAUUUUUAAACAGAUAUAUCCUUUACUAUACUUGCUCUAUUUUUCAUCCAGAAGGAACUUCUCUUUUAGAGUGGAGAUCUCUGUAGGGAAGUGAGUGCCACAGUUCAAGUUGUUCUGUGGACAGAGAUCCAUUUUUAGAAAACUAUAUAAUUUUCAUUGCUUUAGCAACUAGUAAAAAUACCAAAUGCUGUUGUACAGAUUAUUUCUUGCCUAAUACAAAAUACCAAGUGUGUUACAGUAGAUUCCCUAGAAACACUGAGAUAAACCUUGUUUCUGUCAAGAGUUAUGACAGAAUAAAUGCCUACAUACCUAUGUAGAAAAUAGCAAUGUGUGAAGAGCCAAGGAUAACAGAAAAAAAAUUUUAAAUCCAAUGUUUGCAAAGUGAAUCAUUUUACUUCUAAUGGUUUCAUUUUUAAAGUUCUGAUUUUUACAUAGUGAGUUCACUUUUAGCAACUCAUUCUUACAUUAGAAAAUGAAAAAAAAUAGUUUGUUUCCAUAUAAUUGAAAUUAUUAGAAAUAGUUAAUGUGAUAAUAUUUUUCUUUUUUAAAGUACUGGGCUAUAAGAACAUGUUAGGGCAGUUGAAUAGUAUCAGACCCAAAUACUGAGGUGGAGUGAGAAGUCCCUUAGUCUAUUAGUUGCCAAAAGGGAUAUAAUUAACAUAAAAUUUUCACUGUUGGUGCUCCCUUAUGCUUAUGGCACACCAUGUCCUUGUUAUCUAGGCUUCCAAAGAAGCCUUUUAUAAAAUUAAAUUUUUAUUACCUGUAAGUAGUUGGAUCUAUGACUUUUUGAUACAUGGAUCUCCUCAGCAAAAUUUCUUCUCACCCUUGCUUAUCAUGUGUGUAUAAAUCCUUUUGUGUAUUACUCAAUGACCUGCUUACUCUGGAAUCUUCAUUUUACUUCUGUCCCUUCCUCAAUAGUUUUGUCUUGUUUUGUUUUAUUUUUAACCCACUAUGUGGCUCAGGCUAACCUCAAACCCACGAUCUCUUAUCUGAACCUCCCCUAUUGGCGUUCAGGGUGCAUGGUGACAAACACCCGCAUGGUCUUCUUCAGUUCUUUUGAUUAACAUAUCCUUACUACUACACCCCUGGGCUUUAUUUAUAUUUUGUCUGACUUCUGUAUUCCAACACCUUUAUUCUGGUUUGUUUACCUUAUACUGUAAUACUUAUAUACUUCUCCUGAUUUCAAAAAUUUUCAUUGAACAUCUUCACAUUUCACUGUUACCAAGGCAGCCAGAGUCACACUCAACCAUAGAGUAAUAUUUUUAACUACUAGGGGAAUGGCUUUUGUUUAUUUAGAAGUCAUAGUAAGUUCUACUAAAAAUUUUCAUAGUUUUAACACAAUAUAUGACAAAACACGGUAAUAGAAAACUGAUCAAAUCUGUCUUUCAAACUCUGGGCUUUUUAAUUCCUAAUUUGUUGAGACUUACUGGAUAUAAUUGCUAGUGGAAUGUAAAAAGAAAGAGGCUGAGAAGUACUGUGCAAGAUUACAUAAUUAAAUUCAAAUAUAGCAUUAUUUUGUGAAUGUACUGGUAAACUAUUCUGGAGGCAAAAAAUAAAAGCAGUAUCUGUUAUCGUUCCCUCUGAAAAAAACACUCCAUGUUAACUAUGUAUAUCUAUAGAUUAAAGUAAUUAUUAGGUAACCACAUAUUACAUUGUGUGUGAUCUUGAAUAAACUUUUUUAAAAGCAU